AUGACUUCUUUAGACGUAUUGAUUAACAAAGCAACCGAUCCUACAUUAACAUCAGAUAACUGGCAAUAUAUUCUUGAUGUAUGUGAUAGAAUUUCAGCAGAUCCCGAAACCGAAACUAAACGAACCAUUACUAUAUUGAAGACUAAAUUAACUUCAAAAGAUGCUAAUGUCGUAUUAAGAUCCUUAUCAUUAUUAAUAUCUAUAGCUGAAAAUUGUGGGUCCAGAGUCAAACAAGAAAUAGCCACCAAAUCAUUUUUACAAGAUGCUUUGGUCAAAAGGUUAUCGGAUAAGAAAUUGCACGCCACAGUGAAAUACAAAAUAUGUGAAGUGUUAACACAAUUAUAUAAUGCAUUUAAGGGAGAUCCAUCAUUGAAACCAAUGACUGAUGCAUAUAACAAGGCAAGACUGGAACAUCCUAGAUAUUUUAGUAAACAAACACAAGGUCCUUCAAAACCAGCAAAGAAGGAAAGAACACAACAAGACAAAGACCGUGAAGAAGAUGAAUUACAGAGAGCUUUGAAAUUGUCAUUGCAAGAAUUUGAGCAACAGAAAACUGGGAAGAAAGAACCUGAUGUGAAUAAACCUUUACCGGAAAUACAACCUGAACCAGAAUCGCCUCCAGUGGAAACAGUUGCUACAGUUUCAAAAGUGAGAGCUUUAUAUGAUUUAGUUUCGUAUGAACCUGAUGAAUUAUCAUUCCGUAAAGGUGAUGUUAUAACUGUGAUUGAAUCAGUUUAUCGUGACUGGUGGAGAGGAUCAUUACCUAGUGGCAAAAUUGGGAUAUUCCCAUUAAAUUAUGUCACACCUAUUGUUAAUAAAUCACCACAAGAUAUUGCCAAAGAAAUUGAAAUUGAGAAUAAGUUAAUCACCGAGGAACAAAGGAAAAUUGAAAGAUUGUUAGCAAUCUUGUCGUCACAACAAAUAGAAACUAUAAACGAAGACGAAGUAACACACUUAUAUAAUGAGAUCAUUCCUUUGCGUAUUCAAUUAGGUAAUUCAAUUGAUAAAUAUGGAGCUCGUCAGGAAGAAUUGAAAGUGUUAAAUCAACUGUUGAAUUCUGAAAUCAAAUUGUAUAAUGAGUUACUAGAUAAGCUGAUUUCAAGCAGAGCCAAACACAACACAGGAGGAGCAAUGUAUCAGAUGUCUCCAUACCCCACUGAACAAUUUCCGGGCCAACUGCAACCUCAACUAUCACAACAACAACAACAUCAACCAUACGCACAGCCUCAACAGACUAGCAAUUAUGCACAACAAUCACAAACAGUGCCACCUCAAUUCACCCAGUCUCAACAGACACAACCACAGUAUCACCAAUCGCAUACAAGGACAGGCUCACACCAAGAAGUUCCACAAUAUCUGGGAUACAAUAGCAACAAUAUCCCACCACCAGCCACAACUUUUAACCAGUACCCACCAAGUCAAUUGCAACAACAAGAUACAAGUGCAGGAUUUGGGAAUGAUGUAUAUAAUAGAGCUGCACCUGGACAACCCUACUGA